AUGCUGGGCAGACUCGGCUCGGACGAUUUGACGACCAUCCUCGCCUUGGUGUUCCUUGUCGUCCAAUGCGGUGCUUCCGUUGCCGCGGUGGACUAUGGAUAUGGCCGGCCAUUUGACCUCAUCAGUAAACAACAAGCUGAACAGGCAUUGAAGUGUUUCUUUCUGCUCCAGAUAUUCUAUAAGCUUACCAUCAACUGCACCAAGCUGUCGAUGCUCUUCCUGUAUCUCCGCAUAUUCACCGACCGCAUCUGGUUUGUUCGAACCUGCUGGAUUUUGGUCGCCCUUGUAAUUGGUGCUUGCAUCUCUUUCACCCUCUCAACCAUUCUCCAGUGCUCUCCGAUCUCGCGGGCAUGGGAGCGCUGGCGGAUUGAUGCGAGUUGUGUCGACAUCUAUGCUCUGUGGUAUAGCAACGCCAUCUACAACAUUCUGACAGAUUUUGUCAUUGUCUUAAUGGUGCCGCCAGUUAUAUUCAAACUCAAGUUGCCGUUGCGGCAGAAAUUGGCUCUGACUUGUGUCUUCGGGCUUGGUCUGAUUGUGUGUGCUGCAUCAAUUUCCAGAUUGACAACGCUGUACUCUUCCGCCUAUGGCGACGACAUUACCGCUGGGUCACUUGUGUCAACAAUCUGGACCACGAUCGAGGCCGGGUUGGGUGUCAUCUGUGCCAAUCUGCCCAUGAUACGGACGCCGCUUCAACAUUUUUUCCCAAAAUUGUUCCCUCCAAGGACUGGAACAGAUCACAUCCCUAGUACAAUUCCUUCUCAACGAAGUGGCCAGGUCAGCGGCGAAGCACUAGCUUCUCCCGCAAGACUGAUUCCGCCACCCAUUCCUGUACGCAAGACAAGCCUUACAAACCAACCACGGGUCGGUAGGAUUUCAGAAGCCAGAGGGAUGCAGAACCGAAGUAGGCUGCACGGGGACAUGGUCAAGCUGCACAGCAGCAGCAGACUAGCACAUUGCCAGGAUCUUGAGAUUCAGGCAGGAUACUCUGACUUCUCGAGCCAUCCAGAGGUUGGUUUGGCACGGACGAGAGAAGUGGACUGGUACGCAGAACAGCAGCAAAUUUGGUCACCGUAA